AUGGUCAUGGCAGUUUCCUGUGCAAAGGUUCCCAAAGUUACUAUAAUUGUUGGUGGAAGCUUUGGUGCUGGAAAUUAUGCAAUGUGUGGUCGUGCUUAUAGUCCUGACUUCAUGUUCCUUUGGCCAAAUGCCAGAAUUUCUGUAACGGGUGGUGCUCAGGCUGCUGGUGUGCUGUCUCAAAUUGAAAAAACUAACAAGAAAAGGCAAGGGAUUCAGUUUUUACUUAAAGAUGUUUCUUGCAAUCUGAAAAAGUUCCAGCAUAUGGGAAAUAAUGAUAGUUUGUUGGUGGAAAGUUUAAAUAUUCCGAUUGUUCCUAUUCAUACGAAAAGAUCGGUUUUUAUUAAAUGGAAAUUGCCUGAUAUAAGAAGGAUGAAAUUAAAUGUUGAUGGUGGUGCUUGUGAUAAUCUGAAAGAGUCAGGGGGUGGAGGUAUUAUUCGAGAUUCCAAUGAUAGUGUUAUAGCAGGUUUUGCACACUCCAAUGGCUAUGCAACUAAUACUAUAGCAGAAUUUAAAGCAUUACUUGAUGACCUUCGGCUAUUUGAAAGAUUGAGAUUGCGGGAUGUUUUAAUGGAAUCGGAUUCAUUGGUUGUCAUGAAUUGGCUUGCAUCAAGAAUUUGUCAACUUUGGUUUCUUUGGAAUUUUUGGGAGGAGACCAAAGAGCUUGCUCAUGAGAUCAACAAUCGUUUUAGGCACAUUUUUUAUGAAGCAAAUAUGGUAGCGAAUUUGUUUGGCGAAAGAAGGUUCUCAUGGAAUUUAUUCAGAGUUUGA